AUGCACUCAGGAAUUUUGAGUGCUCGAAUUAAUAAAACCUUAGCAUUAUUGUUUAAGGGAAAUGUUCUUUAUGCAAAUGGAUUCCGUGUGCGAGAACUUACAUCUAGUGAGCAACAAGAACUGACAACCUAUCAGAAGGAUGUGAGCGAUUACAAGAAUGCUCUUAAACAAGCCAUCAAGGAUCGUGAGGACAGAAUCCGCGCCCGACUAGCCGGAAAGAAGGAUGUGAAGUCAGUAGCACCAGCCAAGGAAGAAGAUCUACCAAAGCCGCCAAAGAAGCCAUCAUUCUGCACCCCAGAGGACACCACUCAAUUUUUCUUCGAAGGAUGCAUGAUCCAGAACAACAAGAUCUACGUUGGUAACACUUUCGCUCGUGACCUUACUCAAUCAGAAAUCAGUGAACUAAAGGAGUUUGAAAAGAAGUUCAAAGUAUACCAAGAUUACGUACAGAAGCAGACCGAACACCAAGUGAACAGUCUUUUCGGCGGCUCUGACUUCUUCUCAGCCCUUUUCGGUAGCGAGACGUCGAAAUCCACAACUACCACUGAAGCUCCGGAACUUCCAGAGGAUGCACCCGAACAGCCACCCACUCCCAACUUCUGCACCAGA